AUGUUCUUAUAUGGAGAAGAUUCUGUGUUGGAUUGUCCCAGUGAUUCUGAUUGGGAGCCCAUACUGCCAAGGUGCAAAUCCCCCACUGAAGCUGGUCCCUCCAGCCGGACCCCUGCUGUCUCCGGCACCACACCUACCCCCGCCCGGCCAUCAAGAGGUGUGAAGCCGGUGACAAAGAAGCGGAGGAAGGGAAGUGUGGAACCUGCUGGCAGUGCUGAGGAGGGUUGUUGGCACUCUGUGCUGGAGGAGGAUGUGGCCCCACCACCUCCAAUUUUCAGACCAAAGAGGCCACCAGGUCCUCAGCUGGACAUGAACUCCAAGUACAGCCCCAUGCAACUUUUUCAGUUGUUUUUCACCUCGGCAGUUGUUGAUUCCCUGGUGUUGAACACUAAUAAGUACGGAGCUAAGAAGCAGGAAGGCAAGAAAGAGACAUGGAAGCCCAUUUCCAUGUCAGAUCUUUUUUGUUACUUUUCUAUGGUCAUUUACAUGGGUCUUGUGAAGCUAAAAACCCUGAAGGACUACUGGAAAUCUGCACCCCUCUAUCAACUGCCUUUCCCCUCCACGGUCAUGUCGUGCAAAAGGUUUCUGACAAUUUCACGGGCACUUCAUAUCAGUGACCCAGAAGUUGAUAAGGACAAUGAGACGAAACGAGGCACCGCAAGGUUUGAUAAGCUCUGCAAAAUUAAACCUCUCUACCUCGACAUCAUUGAGGCCUGCAAUACUUAUUUUCAGCCUGCCCAGAACCUUUCCAUAGAUGAGAGGAUGGUUGCCUCAAAGGCCAGAAAUGGCCUAAAACACUACAUGCGUAACAAACCGACUAAAUGGGGUUACAAACUGUUUGUUUUGGCCGAUUCUGCGUGUGCAUACACGUGCAACUUUUUUGUCUAUGAAGGGAAGAACAGUUGUGCGACCGGGAAGGGAUUCAGCUAUGACUCCGUUAUGCAGUUACUAGAUUUUCAGCUGCUAGGGAAGGGCUACAAACUGUUUGUGGAUAACUUCUACACAAGCCCUACCCUGUUCACAGACCUGAGGAAGCUGGGGAUGUGGGCCUGUGGCACCAUUCGGACCAACAGAGUGGGCUUUCCGAUAAGUAGGGUGAAUGACAUGCCUAAGCGGGCUGAGCGGGGUACCAUGAGAUGGAUCCGUGAAGAUGGCCUGCUGUUUGUGAAGUGGAUGGACACCAGAGAGGUGGCGAUGUGCUCCACUAUCCACAAGUCCUUCAGUGGUGAUCACGUCGUCAGGCGUGUGAAGGACGCUACAGGGGCAUGGACCACCAAAAAUGUCCCCAUUCCAACUGCAGUAAAGGACUACAAUAAGAACAUGGGAGGUGUUGACCUGUCGGAUGCGCUGAUAGGAUACUAUAAUGUUCUCCACAAAACCGAUAAAUGGUACAAGACAUUGUUUUACCAUUUCAUUGACAUUGCUGUGGUGAAUGCCUUCAUCCUCCAGAAGGAAAUGGCCAAGAGCUGUGGACAGCCCCCCAUCUCACAGCUAGCCUUCAGAGAGCUGCUCAUCCAGGAGCUUGCCAGCUACAGCAAGACCACUGUAGCACCUUCAUUCCCCUCUACCUCUGUCCCUUCUGCUCCUUCAACCAGUGGUGUGCACAUGCUUAAAUUCCUGAUUGCAGGCGAGAAUGAGUGUAAAAGGGGCUCAGUAAGGAGGCUUCGUUGUGCUCUUUGCCACAAGAAAUCCUCUGUCGGCUGCACCACCUGUUCAGUGACCCUCUGCUUCACAGCAGAAAGAGACUGCUAUGCACUGUGGCAUCAGCAGCACAAUAUUGUGUAG